AAGGGACAACAGGGGUGGGAGAGGCAACAGGGGUGGGAGAGGCAACAGGGGUGGGUGGGAGAGGCAGCAGGGGUGGAAGAGGCAGCAGUAGCCUUCAAAGAAGCACCGGUGGUUUGGGGGCAGCAGCACUUGUUCCAGCAGCAGCUGUGCUUGGUGCUGUAGCAAAUUCAGCAGCAGAUUCUGGUGGAGUAAUAGCGGGUGGGGCAGCAAAGUUUGCUGCCGCAGCAGCAGCAGCGGCAGCAGCGGCAGCAGCAGCAACUGUGUGUGGCACUGCAGCAGUGGUGCUCACAGCAGGAUUGCUGGAAGCAGCAUAG